AUGAGACUGUUGCGCUUGCUGUGCGUCAUGGUCGGACUGUGGAAGUCGUGCUCUGCCAACAGAAACUGCCCGGAUCUGAUCAUUGACAGCUGUCACUGCACAGCCGAGAGGUCCAAACAGCUGAGCCGGCAGCACGUCCGAGUCAAAGUCGUCUGUGAUGAUGUGGACUUAAUGGACACGCUGCAGCCAAGCUUCCUACCCAACAAAACUGUCUCACUGAUCCUGAGUAACAACAAGAUCUCCCGGCUCCGUAACGGCUCCUUCUACGGCCUGGCUGCCUUGGAAAAACUGGACCUGAAGAAUAAUUUGAUAAGUACAGUGGAGCCCGGGGCCUUCCGUGGUCUGCUGGCUCUGAAGAGACUGGACCUAUCAAACAACAGGAUUGGCUGCCUCUCCCCUGAAAUGUUUGCAGACCUUGGCAACCUCUUCAAAUUGAAUUUAUCUGGAAAUAUCUUCUCCACUCUGGCUGUGGGAUUGUUCACACACCUCGUGGCUCUCAGAGUACUGCACUUCAGCACUGAGACUCUAUUCUGUGACUGCCAGCUGGAUUGGCUCCUCCGCUGGAGCAGGGCCAACUCGGUGCGCAUUGGCAACGACACCGUGUGUAUGUACCCCAGCCACCUCCACGGCCUGGAGUUCAGCAGCCUCCAGGAACAGCAGCUCAGAUGCGAUGGGCCGCUGGAGCUGCCCCUGUUCCAGCUGAUUCCCUCCCAGAGACAGGUGGUGUUCCGGGGAGACCGCCUUCCCCUGCAGUGCACAGCUUCCUACCUGGAGCCCUCGGUGGAGCUGCGCUGGAGCCACAACGGCCAGACGGUGGCCACACAAGAAGAGCGGGGCAUCUUCCUGGAGGACACCCUGCUCCAUGACUGCUGCCUCCUCACCAGUGAAGUCGUCCUCUCCAGCAUUGACGUGGGCAUUGCUGGCAUCUGGGAAUGUCAGGUGACCAGUUCCCGUGGCAACAGAUCCCGUCAGAUGGAGAUCGUUGUGCUGGAGACGUCGGCGACGUACUGCGCAGCCGACAGAGUCAACAACAACAAGGGGGACUUCAGGUGGCCAAAGACCCUAGCCGGCAUAUUGGCUUUCCUGCCCUGUGCCCCUGCCACCUUCGGCUCUGCCCCACGCCCCUACGGCAGCACCCCUCAUAACCCCAUCCGCAGAGAGAAGAAGGCGUGGAGACGUUGCGAUAGGGCGGGACGAUGGGUGGAAGAUGACUACACCCAGUGCCCUUAUGCCAGCGAACUGACCCGGGUCCUACAUGAGCUCACUCAGAUGACCAUUAAUACAACCAACGCUCAGCCUCUAGGCCAGCAGUUAGUGGCCUUCACCAGCAGGGCGGCACACUUCACUGAUGUUAUGGACGUCAUCUUUGUCACACACCUGGUAGAGAGGCUAACAAGGCUGGUAGGAAAGCACAGAGAGCUGGGGGACUACGUGUCAGACAUAGCCAGUAACAUGAUGCUUGUGGAGGAGCACAUCUUGUGGAUGGCCCAGAAUGAGGCCAGGGCGUGCACACGCAUCGUCCAGUGUGUGGAGCGCAUCGCUGACCUGGCCCUGACCGGCGAUAACCAGGUCAUAUCCAAGGUAUCUACAAACAUAGCUCUGGAAGCCUUCCUCAUCCGGCCAGCCAACUUUCUCGGCCUGUCCUGCACGGCGCUCCAGCAGAUCCCCUCGCCCUCCAUGUCACCCCGGCCCGACAGACACUCCCACCGUGACAAGGACGCGAACGGGGAGCGAGACACCUCCGGGGACUCGUUGCUCAACUUCAAAUGCCACACUGUCAACAGCAGCGGCUCACCUGCCAGUCAGCUCAGCAAGAACUCGGUGGCAGUCGCCUCGAUCCAUUUCCCGCUGGCUGGUCCGCCUCUCUCCUCCGCGCUGCAAUCUGUUGAUAACUCCACUUGCAGGCUGCAGUUCGUCGUCUUCCGAAAUGGCAAACUAUUCCCUUGCACGGGCAACUCGUCCAACCUCGCAGACGACGGGAAACGCAGGAGCGUGUCGACACCAGUUGCUUUCACCAAAUUAGAUGGGUGCAGCCUCGGGAGCGGCGUGCGCUCCGUUACCAUCGCUCUCAGGCACUUCGCACUGGGUGUCGACCCCACCGCAGCCUAUUGGGAUUUUGACCUGCUAGAUGGGCACGGUGGCUGGCGGGCAGAGGGGUGCCACAUCACGGGCUCCGCGGGCAACACGACCACCAUUCAUUGCACUCAUCAUAAUAACUUUGCUGUGCUAAUGGAUCUGAAGAAGGUGCUGUCUUUCCCCCCGUACCCCGGGGAGUUUCUGCACCCGGUCGUGUAUGCCUGCACGGCGGUCAUGUUGCUCUGCCUCUUCGCCUCCAUCAUCACCUACAUCGUGCACCACAGCGCAAUACGCAUCAGCCGGAAGGGAUGGCACAUGCUUCUCAACUUCUGUUUCCACACGGCCCUGACCUUCGCUGUGUUUGCCGGUGGCAUCAAUCGAAUCAAAUACCCCAUCAUCUGUCAAGCAGUUGGAGUCGUGCUUCACUACUCGUCUCUGUCCACUAUGCUGUGGCUGGGGGUCACGGCGAGGAACAUUUACAAGCAGGUGACCAAGAAGCCCCCGCAGAACCAGGAUGCUGACCCACCCGCAUCCCGUAAACAGCCCCUGCUGAGGUUCUACUUGGUCAGCGGUGGCGUGCCCCUCAUCAUCUGUGGCGUCACAGCGGCCAUCAAUAUAGACAAUUACGGCAGCGCAGAGCAAGCUCCUUACUGCUGGAUGGCGUGGGAGCCAAGUCUGGGAGCCUUCUUUGGCCCCCUGGCCUUCAUCAUCCUGGUGACGUGCAUCUACUUCCUCUGCACCUUCAUCCAGCUGCGUCGGCGCCCCGAAAAGAAGUACGAGCUCAAACAGUUGACAGAGGAGCAACAGAGGCUGGCCUCUGUCGACGCGCCAACUCACUGCCACCAGGGAACCGAGCCCGGAGCCCCAGCGCCCAGCGGGGGCCACUGCCCUGCCGGCUGCCCAGGUGUCCCCAUCAACCCCGCUCUGCUGGCCAACGAGCACUCAUUCAAGGCACAGCUGCGCACGGCGGCGUUCACGCUCUUCCUCUUCCUGGCAACGUGGGCCUUCGGGGCCCUGGCCGUGUCACAGGGUCACUUUUUAGACAUGAUCUUCAGCUGCCUGUACGGUGCCUUCUCCGUCACACUGGGCCUCUUCAUCCUCAUCCACCACUGCGCCAAGCGUGACGACGUCUGGCACUGCUGGUGCUCUUGCUGCCCCGGACGCCGUGCCAACGCCUGCUCCGGCGCUCAUGGGUCGAGUCAAGUGCGGCCCAAGGUCAACGUGAACGGAGACACCCCUGGUCAUGGUCACAGUCACGGUCACUGCCACCAUGACUCACCGUGCCCAGGAAAAGCCCCGAUGGGCUGCGGUCACGGCACUUUGGGUCACUGUAAGCACGCCACCUUGCCGUCUGCACAAAAUCACGUGACGUGUCUGGCACCAGUGACUCCUUGCUGUGCCACCCUGCACAACCAGCAGCUAAUGGAGGAGGAGCCGGCACCUGCAACUUUGCUGCUUCACGCCGACCCGGAAGGAUACCGGCCCGGUGUCCACCUGCACCCCUGCCUGAAGAGCAGCACCAGGACUAAGAGCCGCCACUUUAGCCGCCACCGAGCCGGGGCUGGUGCCGGGGGGACGGGGAGCGAGAGGGAGUAUGCCUAUCACAUCUCCUCCAGUGUGGAUGGAGGUAGUGUGCACAGCUCACACACUGAUAGUCCCCACAGCACACAUGAGCGUCACACGCACGUCUGUCCGCACCUGGCCCACGAAGGGCACCAUGACGGGCAUCACGCAUGCCACAGUGCUGCAGCCGCCGCCCACGAGGCCCUGGCAUGCCAUAAUCCCUGCCACAGGCACAUCUGCUGUGCCAAAGCAGACCUUUUCCCCACUCUGUGCCAGACAGAGGCAGGAGACACGGGUACCUUCUUGUGUGGCUGUGGCAAAAUGGCAGAGGAGGACCUGAUGACAUCACAUCACCACAUGGAAAUGCAAGCCCCACGUAGACAAUCUUUCCCCCAGAACCCACCCAAUCAGAACGGGAUUUUAAAGGGGGGGCUGCACGAAGGACUCUUGUACACUUCAGACAGCACAGGGAAUAUACGCACUGGACCCUGGAGAAAUGAAACCACUGUCUAGUCUGUGAAGUCUGGGGGGGGAGGGCAGCCACCCUGCCUCGUCCCUCCAAAAAUAAACCUUUAACUCUCUUUCUAGGAUUAAAAAGAUGAA